CCAGCCGCUGCCUGUGCUGCAGGACCAUGGGGGUCAUCCCUGGUGCCAGCCUCACGCUCUGCGGCCUGCUGCUGCUGCUCCAGGCCCCGGGCAGCCCCAGCCUCGCCCCCCAGGCCAGAGGCGUGCGGCCCAUCGAAUUUGAGAAGGUGAAGGUGUUCCUGUCCCAGGUCAUUGAGUCGCUGGACGUGGGGCCCAAUGCCACACACGUGGGCGUGGUCAACUAUGCCAGCACCGUAAAGCAGGAGUUCCCGCUGCGGGCCCAUGGCUCCAAGGCUGCGCUGCUGCAGGCCGUGCGCCGCAUCCAGCCGCUGUCCACAGGCACCAUGACUGGCCUGGCCAUCCAGUUCGCCAUCACAAAGGCCUUCAGCGAUGCCGACGGUGGCCGUGCCAGGUCCCCCGAUAUCAGCAAGGUGGUCAUCGUGGUGACGGACGGGAGGCCCCAGGACAGCGUGCGGGACGUGUCUGCGCGGGCCCGGGCCAGCGGCGUCGUGGUGUCAGACCUGUGUGCCACCGGGGACCACGACUGUGAGCAGGUGUGCAUCAGCUCCCCAGGCUCCUACACCUGCUCCUGCCGCGAGGGCUUCACCCUGAACAGUGAUGGCAAGACCUGCAAUGUCUGCAGCGGUGGUGGGGGCAGCUCAGCCACUGACCUAGUCUUCCUCAUCGAUGGAUCCAAGAGUGUGCGGCCAGAGAACUUUGAGCUGGUGAAGAAGUUCAUCAAUCAGAUCGUGGACACGCUGGAUGUGUCAGACAAGCUGGCCCAGGUGGGACUGGUGCAGUACUCCAGCUCUGUGCGGCAAGAAUUCCCCCUGGGCCGUUUCCACACCAAGAAGGACAUCAAGGCGGCUGUGCGGAACAUGUCCUACAUGGAGAAAGGCACCAUGACUGGGGCUGCCCUCAAGUACCUCAUUGACAAUUCCUUCUCUGUGUCCAGCGGGGCCAGGCCCGGUGCCCAGAAGGUGGGCAUCGUCUUCACUGAUGGCCGGAGUCAGGACUACAUUAAUGACGCUGCCAAGAAGGCCAAGGAUCUUGGCUUUAAGAUGUUUGCUGUGGGUGUGGGCAAUGCCGUGGAGGACGAGCUGCGGGAAAUUGCCUCGGAGCCCGUGGCAGAGCACUAUUUCUACACAGCUGACUUCAAGACCAUCAACCAGAUAGGCAAGAAAUUGCAGAAGAAAAUCUGUGUGGAGGAAGACCCGUGUGCCUGCGAGUCCGUGGUGAAAUUCCAGGCCAAUGUGGAGGGGCUGCUGCAGGCCCUGAGCAGGAAGCUGGAAGCUGUGAGUAAGCGACUGGCCAUCCUGGAGAACAGAGUCAUCUAAGCUGCCUGUGCUUGCUGUGGCCCCUCCAGCUCUUGCCCAGUGGGGCUCAGAGUCCCGUGCAUGUCCCCGCAGCCCCGAGUUUAGUCUAGCUUUGCCAUUUUAGUGGGGGAGGCCAGCCUGGGAAUGGGAGGAGGUAUGUUAGUGUGCCUGCUGGGAACAUAUAGGGGCACGUGUGUGUGUGUGUGUGUGUGUGUGUGUGUGUGUGCGCGCGCCUGGGGGCAGGCGUGAGUCUGGGAGCUGGAACAUGGGCAUGAGAGUGAGGACAUGGAAGAGUAUGAGAGCGAGGGACUGUGUUUGCAUUUUUCCAAUCAAAAGCUUAAUAUAUUCCUUUUUUUUUUUUAGUUAACCCUUUCUUGACUCCGAGGGUUGUGAAUCUCUUUUCUGAUUUCUCUAUUCCCUGAUGAAACAAUUAAAUGUGAUUUAACUUAAGCACGGAA